AAAAUUUCUUUAGUCAGCCACAAUCAUCACCGGCACUGUUCAGUUUUGGAAAUUGUAUCGAACCUAGCUCAGUUCUUUGCCUGAAAAUAUGGGAAUCGAACAGCUUCUUGCUGCAGCAAAGCUAUUAGAGGAACAAGAAGCGAUUGACAAGCGGCUACGAACGCCAGAUAAGAAAAGCAAAAGACAAAAUAAACGUUCACCGAGCUACAGCCGCUCCACACACAACCAACUCGAAAAAAACAGACGUGCACAUCUUCGAGACUGUCUUGAAACACUCAAAGAAAUUGUUCCAACACCACCUGAUCAUCAAAAAUCAACAACAUUAUCUCUCUUACAAAAUGCCAGACACUACAUCAAGGUGUUGGAGAAUACUGACAAGAAAGCCGUAGCAACAAAAGAAAAAUUAUAUAAAGAAAGGCUAAAGCUAAUGAAACAACUGCGGUGUCUCAAAGGCGACCUCGAACUCAGAAUACGAAAAGGCUCUGAGGGAGAGUCUGUGUGCGAUGAUGAGAUUGAUAUAGAGGAUACAGAGUACCAUAGUGAAUCUGAUCGUUGCAGCACAGAUGGGAGUGGCGGUAGUGAUGGUGGCCUUUGAAGGCUCAAUCCCUACAGGGAUAUAUUAACAGGCAAAUGUAUAUAUUGUACUUAUUUGGAGGCCUAUUAGUAUAAUACUGUGUAUCAGAGAAGUGGAUUGUCAGGUCUAUUGUGUAGAGACCACAUGAUCGGUUUAUUGAUAAGCAACUUCCAUGAUUUAACUAUAACUCAGAUAUCCAACAACCCACCACAGCUAAAAAAUUAAAUUAUUGCACCAUUCAGUCACAGCUAAGUUGGUUUUACUGAACCAAAAACUGCCAAUAUACGAUAUAUGUAAAAAUUUCAGAUGUACAUAAUGUUCUUGCGGUCAAGAUUGGGAUUUGUAAUGUAGAAAUUUUAUUGAAUCCAAAAAUCCAAGGUAAAAUUGGUAUCCAAUUUUACCAUUGUAAAAAUAUUAACCCCCCCAUUGGCAUAAUUAUUCACUUCUCUGGAAUAUUUUUUAUGAAAAUAUUAUAUUGUGUUCUGUCCUUGGGGUUAAGAGGAAACCGUUCAACUUAUAGUUAUGGUCUAUUAAAUGGGCAAUGCCAGUACUGAAGAAGUGUGGCAUUGCUUAUUUAAGUUAGUGUAAAUAUAAUAAUAUAAAAUUGGCUGCUUAGAAUAUUCAUUCUACAAUUAUAGCAUUCAGGGAAAAUAUAUAACUUGUAAAUAAAAAUGUUAAUAGCAAAAUAUCAUUAAUGCGCCUUAAUAGCUGAGAACAAGCGUGCACAAAUUGUAUAUCAAGUUAUUUCUAAUGUAAAAAGUUACCUGGAAUAUGUCAUGUGCCCAUUUCUACGGUUGUCAUAUAACAUUCUUUCAUAUUAUAAAUAGGAUAGGUGGCUUUUAGGCGCUCUGUUUUUAUGCUUUAUGACAUGGUUAUAUAGUCAUCAAUUUCAGGCCCUUCCACAUAAUUGUUUAAAAAAUCAAUUUGUGCACGUUUCAGCAAGACAUUGCUGUUCAUAAAACAAGCAAAAUCUAUUUAUUAAAAUAUACUUCAAAAUUGGGGACAAUGAGAAGAUAGAAUUAGUUGAAUUGCAUCAAGAAGCGAAGCGACUUUUAAAGGUACUUCGCGAUUUAGUUUCACUAUAAAAAUAUGUUUUACAAAAGCAUCUACACAUAUAAAUUUUUAUGCAUUUUGUAUAUGUAGUGGGUUGAAUUGUAAUAUUAGUGCAGAAAUAAAAAAUAUUUUAUGAAUUGA